AUGUUUUAUAUAGAUGACUUACAGAUAAAAGAAUACACAUAUAUCCGAAAUUCGAGGUCGUCGGGGAAGAAUAUCAAAUCGUGUUGGAACUGCUGGUAUAGGAACAUCUACUCAGGGUGGAAGUUCGAGUGGUAUACCCGCAAGACGCAAUAUAUGUUUAUUUCUCUUGAAGAUAAAUGGUCCCCUAGUUCUACUGAAAUUUUUCUUAAACUUAUAAUCGCUGAACUAGAAGCGGAAGAUUAUACGAUUAGAAUACCGUCACCUGUUAGUAUACGAAGAAUCGAAGAAAAAAUCUAUGAUUUAAUCGGUGAUUCGGUGAAAUGGGAUCCUGAGAUGAAAGGUAAAUUUAAUUAUUUGAAACAAUUGUGGUAUUACAACAACAUAUUACUCCACCGUACUGGUGUCUCGGUUGAUCCGGUCAGGACAAAUCCGAAUGUUACCAUCAUGGUGGAUGGAUCGAUGCAUAGUAAAUUUUUAAAUGAACACGAUGUGGAGCAAGAUGAUCGUUAUUCGCCUCACGUGCUUGGAGUUCAUCUUGCUCAAUCUAAUAAUGAUGAAACAUACAAUGACGAUGUGCCGGUGGGUGAAACAGAAGAAGAUGGACGUACGUCAUUCCCACCUGAGAACCGUAAUCCAAGAUCAUUUGAUGAUGAUGAUUCGCCACGACUAUCUCGUUCACCCAGUCGUUCUACAAGAGAUCCACCCCGGAAUACUCGAUUCACCACCACUCGUACAUCAUCUUCAUGUGCUCGAAAUUCUUCACGUACUCAUAUGAGAAGAAUUAAUUUUGAGACACAAAUUGAUAGUAGAUUUCAACGUAUGGAGGAAUCUCGUAGUCAGAUACUAGAUGUGGUACGUUCCCGUCAAACCUCAUAG